AUGGAUGCACCAAUGGAGUACUUGAUCAUCGCUCUCGUGUCGUCGUCGUUGCUGCUCGCCGCCGUCGUCGACGCGGCGAACAUCACCAUGGUCAACCGCUGCUCCUACACGGUGUGGCCGGGCGCGCUCCCGGGCGGCGGCGCGCGCCUCGAAGCGGGACAGUCGUGGUCCAUCGACGUCGCCGCCGGCACACCAGCCGCCAGGAUCUGGCCGCGCACCGGCUGCUCCUUCGACGGUAGUGGCCGCUGGCGCUGCGUCACCGGCGAUUGCGCCGGCGCGCUGUCCUGCUCCGUCUCCGGCGAGCCGCCCACCACGCUGGCGGAGUACACCCUCGGCCGCCCCGGAGGCGGCGGCGACGACUUCUUCGACCUGUCGCUCGUCGACGGGUUCAACGUACCGGUGAGCUUCCAGCCGACCAGCGGCGGCGCCGGCUGCAGCAAGGGGCGCGGGCCGAGCUGCGCCGUCGACAUCACGGCCCGGUGCCUCCCCGAGCUCCAGGUCCCCGGAGGCUGCGCCAGCGCGUGCGGCAAGUUCGGCGGCGACGCCUACUGCUGCCGGGGCCAGUUCGAGCGCGAGUGCCCGCCGACGAGCUACUCCAUAUUCUUCAAGCAGCUCUGCCCCGACGCCUACAGCUACGCCAAGGACGACCAGACCAGCACCUUCACCUGCCCCGCCGGCACCGACUACCGGAUCGAGUUCUGCCCGCCGACGAGCGCCGUGACAACCGGCGAGCACGAGGACGAAGACGUCGCCGGCGAGAUCGCUUCUGCGUAAUCAGAAUUCUGUACUGCUCGCUAAAAAUAAUCUCGUAUAUAUGCAACUAAACUCUUCGUGUGGAUGAAUAAAA